CCAACUCCGAGUUUGAUUUAAACACUCAAGAAACUUGUCGUAAGGACCAAGUUGUUAGCAAAUGCGACCUUGACGGGGGUCACGCUCAGCAUCGAGAAGCUGCAUGGCGGCAACAAUGAGGCGUGGGCUGUCAAAGCCUGGAUGCUGGUGAUUAAGGUCAACCUAUAGGUUACAUCACUGGCGCGGUCAGUAAGUCCUUGCAUGACGAUGGCACCAUCGCUGACUAUGCCCAAACAGGUGAAGGCCUCGGUGAUGCUGACACUUGGCGUUGUCGGUCAGGUCACUAGCUCAAUCCAUAGGAUGAAGACAGCUAAAGAUCUGGGGAACACGUUGGAAGUCCAGUGCCAGCCGAAGGGAGCUAUCCAUCCUCAGAGACUUUUGCACUCGCAAGGAGGGGCUCUAAGGAGAGCAGACAGGAGUACUUCGAUCGCGUCGCAACGACGUAUGGCAAGAUCAAAGCACAACGAGUCAAAAUGUUGGAGACCAAGUACUGUUUCUCCAGCCAUGGCCAAAUCGAUUCACGCUAAACAACACUGUCCAGAUUCUCAGGCAGCUUGGCAAUCAGCUGACAAGGGGACACAACGGUUCAACACUACUUCAGGAGGAGCUUCGCCAACAUCGUAAGAAUACCAGCGAGAGGAUUGGAACAGUUAUGUUCAGCAAAUAUUACACGCACUGUGGUAAGGGAAAGUCGACUUGCUGCAAUUGCGACAAGCAAAGCCACCGGCAAAAGAAUGUCUAUCGAAAUGACGUGCUCAGAGUCACUUCUCGGCUGAGAAACUGCCUGCCGCUUCCACAGUUACCAUGU